CCCGAUUGCAUUUUAUUUGAGCUACCGCCUAGCACAGAACGAAACCUCUGCCCACGGGGCACAGACGUCAAUUCAACAUCUAUUUCAAGUUGGUUCAAAGUAAUUUCAUUGCGUGGAAACAAUGUGCUCAGUGGGUGUGCUUCGUUCACUAAAUACUUUCCAGGACGAUUUUUUUUUAUUCUCGAAGUGAUGCUUUUCAACUGGCAACUGAGAAACCGUGGAUAAAAUAGGCUAAGAAGAAGAUGUUGAAGUGAUUACCGGGGCUAAAUAAUAAACAAUACUGGGCGGACGGGUCCCUUCCCGGAGCGCAGGUGGAUCCAGCGAAGUGGUGGAACAGGGUAUUGGACGAGGACAGGAUCAGCAGCGCGCGACAACAACCUCGGAACUACUAGUCUGCUACAUCUUCAAAUUAUAGGCCUAACCAUUCAUUCCUAGAUCUGCUUUUUGGGGUCCAUAUGAUGCUAAAUCUCUUCACAAACUGGAUGUGUAUCAGAACUUCAGUAUUGUGGAAAUAGAAUAAUCCAAGUGAUGUGGCCACUGUAGAACGGACGUUGAAUGGACGAACAACGCACAAACCCAUUUGCACUCUAGGAGUGUAACCCUAUUCAAAUGAUUAUUUUGUAGGCUUUCCGAGCUUGCUUUUGUUGGAAUAAUACCUAGUUCUAUCUCAUUUGGACUAUAAUAGGCUGUAAGGAUGCCUGAAGCACUCCAGGCGCUCUACAUCGGCAUGGAGGUGGUGAUUGCCGUCUUCUCCGUCCUGGGUAAUGUGAUGGUGGUCUGGGCUGUGAAAAUUAACAAGUCGUUGAGAGACACAACAUUCUGUUUCAUCGUUUCUCUGGCACUGGCGGAUAUCGCAGUGGGAGCCCUCGUCAUCCCCUUGGCGAUAACUAUCAGCAUCGGACUCCAAACUCACUUCUACAGCUGCCUGAUGGUCGCGUGCACGGUGCUGGUGCUGACGCAAAGUUCCAUCCUAGCCCUCCUGGCCAUUGCUAUUGACCGCUAUCUCAGGGUCAAAAUUCCAACCAGCUAUAAGCGUGUGGUGACAAAGCAGCGAGCGGCCGUGGCGGUGGUGCUGUGCUGGACCGUGGCCUUCAUCGUGGGCUUGACCCCCAUGCUGGGCUGGAACAACCUCUGGAGGCUACAGCAGAACAGUUCCAUGAAUGAGGAUCUCACCAUCACCUGUCAGUUUGAGAACGUAAUCAGCAUGGACUAUAUGGUCUACUUCAACUUCUUCGGCUGGGUGCUGCCUCCUUUACUCCUCAUGCUGGUCAUCUACACAGAGAUCUUCUACAUGAUCCACAAGCAGCUCAACAAGAAGGCUUGCACCACCAGCCACACCGACCCCAACAAGUACUACAACAAGGAACUCAAACUGGCCAAGUCGCUGGCCCUGGUCCUCUUCCUGUUUGCCAUCAGCUGGCUUCCCCUCCACAUCAUCAACUGCGUCACGCUGUUCUGUCCGACCUGCGACAAACCCCUGUUCCUGAUCUACGUCGCUAUAUUGCUCACGCACGGCAACUCAGCCGUCAACCCCAUCGUCUACGCCUUCCGCAUCAACAAGUUCCGCGACGCUUUCCUGAAGAUCUGGAAGCAGUACUUCUGUUGUAAGGACGUACCCGCCAUUUUGAAUCAGCCUAGUGAGAAGGAUCGGAAAGAGAACCAGAAUGAGAAUGAGAACGGGAAUCCUAAUCCGAACAGAGACUCACAGCCAGCUCUAUCGCCACCACAAGAAGGGCAGCAGCCUCCACUAGAGCAGAUGCAGGAGGCCAAACCCUAACGGCCACAGUCUCACAACGAUGCUCCACCACUGCAGAAACCCCCAAUGAAGCACAACAAUAUCUAACUAACCCCAGAACAAAGGGAGUUUCUACAUUGAUGUGUCAGAAACCUAUGAGUUCCUAUGUUUUGGGGGAUGAAUAGAGGUUGUUUAACAGGAGCCAGAGGUAUGCUCAUAGUCGUUCUGAAUGUAUAGCUAGCGACCAAUGGAGGACUGUGACAUGGUGAAAGAAAGUUUGGCGACUUGCAGGACUUGUAAAGAUAUCUUACAGACUGUGAAAUCACAUUUUAACAGGCGGAGGUGUAUUUGAGUUUGAGGUGGAGGAAAAAAAACAUUGAAAAUGAGUAUUAGGGUUUAUACGGUAAAAACAUUGAAAAGGAGUAUUGAGCCCCACAGUGGAGGUGUCAUAAUACCCAUAAAACCA